AUGAUCCUUCAGCAGGCCCUGGAGCGAGACCCACCGAGUGGGGCCCAGGGUGACCCGCGAGCUGCCUUAGGGACGCCUCGAGGCUUGGACGCGAGGUCCCCAUCACCCUGCCUCCCUGCUGAAAAUCCCAGCCUGCCUGCCUCCUGGUCUCUCCCCAGGGAGCCCCUUCGAAAGCAGUUCCUGUCUGAAGAGAAUAUGGCCACCCACUUCUCUCGACUCAGUCUACAUAAUGACCACCCUUACUGCAGCACCCCACUGGCUUUCUCCCCCGCUCUGCCCCCACUCAGGAGCCCUUGCUCUGAGCUGCUUCUCUGGCGCUACCCUGGAAACUUGAUCCCUGAGGCCCUCCGGCUGCUGAGGUUGGGGGACACCCCUGCCUCCCGCUACCCUGCAACCCCAGCUGGGGAAAUAAUGGAGCUCUGAGUGCUGGCAGGCAGUGCACCUGCCCACCCUUCUUCUCUUCCACAACAGAGAAGACCACCACCAUGAAGGGACCAGGUGCCCUGCUUUUCCUCCAGGCAUAUGG